CUGUAUACCACUCUAUCUUAUCCUUCAUCUAAACAAUCGGACACCACGUUUCAUCAUGUCUGCCGCAGAAAAAAUUACCGUCUCGCACAAUGAGUCUUUGGCGCUCAAUAUGACCGAAACCUUUGAUGACAGCAAAGGCAAAACUCAGCCUCCGCCAAAUCACUCGAGUUCUAUGCCACCGAGAAAAUUCAUUGAACCAGCCGCCAUCGGCUUUUCCGCGUUUGCCUUGUGCUCUUUUGUGCUAGGGCUUUAUAACUCUGGCUUGGUGACCCAUCUACCGCAGGUGGCUAUUGGCGUGAGCUUUGGCGCCGGAGCCGUGGGGCAAUUUAUCGCGGCCAUUUGCGAAAUUUAUCUUGGCAAUACCUAUAGUGCUACUACAUUUUUGACGUACUCUGGCUUUUUCUUCACUUAUGGUAUCAUGUUUAUGCCCAGUUCCGGAUUCAUGUCAGCUGCUAUGGAAGCAGGUGGAUUGGCGGAACUUGAACGAUGCAUGGGUCUUGUUAUGGCUGGGUAUGCCAUUGUGUCCUUUCUUUUCUUCCUUGGAACGUUCCGACAGCCUUGGUUGGUUCGACUCGUAUUGCUUCAGGUCUUUCUUACCUUUUUCUUUGGUGCAUUGGGUGCCUUUACUGGUGUCGCGGGACUCACCAAAGCCGGAGGCUGGCUGUCUUUCACCUUGGCAGUUACUGCAUGGUACAUAAUGUGUGCUAUUCUCUAUCAAGACAACACCACAUUUAUCAAGCUUCCUUUCUUUUAAAUAAUAAUUUUUUCUUUUAUAUAAAACCAUUGAUAACCAUGUUUCCCUUAAAGCUGUAACUUGCUCCCCUUUUGCCUCUAUAACAUAUUUGCUUUCUUUUCCA